GUUAUUUCCUUCUAUGUUUGCAGGAUUACACCAUCACCAUGUACCUCAACCAGUACUGGAAGGACGAGAGACUGGCCUUCAGUUCCAGCGACGAGCUUCUCACCCUUCCAGGAGACUUCGCCGAGAAGAUAUGGGUUCCAGACACCUUCUUUGCAAAUGAUAAGAGCAGUUACCUUCACGACGUCACGGAGAAGAACAAGAUGGUUCGCUUACACGGAGACGGUUCUAUCACGUACGGGAUGCGGUUCACCACAACUCUAGCCUGCAUGAUGGACCUUCACUACUACCCACUAGACAGCCAAAACUGCACCGUUGAAAUUGAGAGUUACGGGUACACGGUAGCUGACGUGGUCAUGUACUGGAAGGACAUUCCUGUAGUGGGGGUUGAAGAGGCGGAGCUGCCCCAGUUCACCAUCAUGGGUUACGAGGCCAACGACCGCACGGAAGAGUUGGCCACCGGUGUCUACCGACGCCUCUCCAUUAGCUUCAAUCUACAGCGAAACAUCGGCUACUUCGUCUUCCAGACGUACCUGCCCAGCAUCUUGAUCGUCAUGCUCUCCUGGGUGUCUUUCUGGAUCAACCACGAGGCCACCUCCGCCAGAGUGGCUCUGGGCAUCACCACUGUUCUCACCAUGACAACCAUCAGUACGGGUGUCAGGUCUUCCUUACCAAGAAUUUCCUACGUCAAGGCCAUAGAUAUUUACCUGGUGAUGUGUUUCGUCUUCGUGUUCGCGGCGCUCCUGGAGUACGCUGCCGUCAACUACACUUACUGGGGCCAGAGAGCCAAGAAGAAAGCCAAGAAGAUGAAGGAGAGUAAUGGCCAACAGAACAAGCAGUCUCCUGCCAUCAAGGCUGAUGGUGUGGCUGCUAAUGAGGAAAUUAUUGAGCUACAGGACAUACGCAUGUCACCCAUCCCGUCUAUCAGACAACGACACAACUCAAAAUUCUUCUCGAGCGAAGGAUCUCUACAGGACAUUAAGUUCCCACCGUCUUUCCGGAUCAACAGGAACUACUCCUUCCCGACACGUUCCAGCAUCCACGCCCCUAGAGCACCCAACAGGAAGCGCGUCAUCUCCAGCCUUAAGAAGGGAGCAUCAGCCAUAAAGGGCGCCAUCCCCACCAUCAAAGAUGUUAACAUUAUCGACAAAUAUUCCAGAGUGAUCUUUCCACUCUCUUUCAUCUUCUUCAACACAGUAUAUUGGUGCUUCUAUAUCCUCUAGAGACGGAGCGGGGAGUGGUGGCCAAUGGAGACUGCUGACGCUUGGUGGGUGUGUGUCCGGGUAUUCUUUACCCUUUUUACUUGUGUCUCCAAUUUACACUGGCGACUGGAGAUCUCUGCUGCUCCUCCUAGCGAUGCUACCUGGUGGCCUCCCUACCCUAGCCCCCUCCUUGCUUUCCUUCUGCAUUUAUGGCAAGAACAAUUCGGAACCUUCCUUCUUCAGUGCAAGUUCUAUUGCCUUCUGGCCUGAACUCUGCGCCAGGAACAAUUGUGAUAUGACUAACUGAUGCCGAGAAAUGGGUAUUUUAAAGAUUCUCAGUGCUUAAUAUUAUAUAAUGUAAUAGACUAAAUGACUCGCCAGGCGGUGUCACUAGUACUCGUGUGGGGAUUAAGAAAUCGGUCAACUUCUGGUGUGUUGUCGUGUUCUCUGUGUCGUGAAAGUACAGGAAUACUUCAUGUAUACGUUGUGUCAUGUUCCGUGCGUCAUGAAGACGCAGGAAUGCAACUUCGCUACCAAGGAUCUCACUGUUAGCCUGAGAGGAUCAUCAUCUCUUAUCAGAAGAAGGCAACUAAGGGAAGACGAGAGACAAGAACACCGCCUGCGAGUCAAAACAUCAACCUGCAACGUCUGAAGGUUUACUCUUAAUGUGAAUACAGUCAUCAGCUUCUGUGAUCGCGCUGAAAUAUGACAAAGCUUUGAAUCAUUUCCUUUUUUUUCUUUCCAAGUUCAGAUUUCCAUGUGAAGUAUGGUAAUCUAGAUUUUAAGUGUAUUUGUUUAUACAUGAUGAUGGUAGUGUAAUCAUAAACACUGUACCCAAACCUCUCAACUGUCUGGACCUCAAAAGGGUAAAGUUUUCUGUGUAUAUCUGUGUUUUGGGUAUACCAGGCCAGUUUUAAUGUCAAUAAAAUUACGUAUGGCUGGAGUGAGAGCAUCUACUGGGUGACACAUGGAGUAAAAAUUAAAGUUUUGGAUAUCAUUAUUUCUAUUGGAUUUUAGCUCGUGCCUCUUGAGUGUCUCUCCCACUAACAUAUAAGAAGCAGUUUAACUUUGUACUAUAACAUGAAUAUUCAGCAACAGUAAAAGACAAAGCUACUUGGAGACCAUUAUCUCUUUCACUCGUAAGUUUUAUCAGAUUUUUUUACGUUUAAUCUUCAACAUUAUCUCUUAGACUUUAGUGGGCAUAAGAUACGAUUGAAAUUGUUUUAUAUUUAAAUAGUAUAAAAUUGUUAAAACUAUUUUUUUGUUAACUCUUAAGCUCAGAUGUUAUUAUUCUGUAACCAAGACUUUACCAUUUCUUCCCGUUUAGGCUAUAGAUAAUCCAAACCGAUAUUUAUAGCUUGUCGAUAUCUGUACAUUACUGUCAGCAUUUUACAGCCUGAUAUAUACGAGUAGAUGUUCUUCAGUUUUGAUAGUUUUUGGGGAGGUGGAAUGAGGCUUGUACUUAAUAUUACAUUCUAGCUGAAGGACUAACCCGUAGGGGUCAUACAGCACCUGGGGAAUGGAAGGCAAUCAGGUCUGAUCCGAGUAAGCAAUUGCUUGGAUUAAGAGCCUUUCGCCAGAAUCAAGGCACCCUCUUUCAAGGGAAUACAUCAUAAGAUUAGGGCAAAAGACACGUCAAGCCUUGACUGGUGUCCACCUACCGUGUUCUUCGGCCGGGGACUUGCAGAGAGUCUCGUAUCGGGCACACGUUAAUCCAAAAAGAGUAUUAUUAGCCUAUAUUUAGGUCAUAUAAAUUGCUAUAGGAUUCCUUACGACAUGCGUAGUUACCUUUAGUUAACCCUGGCAAUGGACUAUAACGCUGUUUCAUAUGAUAAGCGUUGAGCCUCACACAUUUACGCUGCUUCACUAGGCUUCCCGUAGACACUGUGUUUUGUAUAUACUGUAUGUAUAUGUUGGGCAGAGAAUUGCUUUGUCGGCCAGAUUCCAAAAAAAUGUGUUAUGUUGAUUCUGCGUGGCAGUACCAAUAUAAAACAGAUUAUUCGGGCAGUGACUGGUAGGGACAGAACCGGACAGUGACUGGUAGGGACAGAUCCGGACAGUGACUGAUUGGGACAGGUCCGGAUAAUGACUGAUAUGAGCAGGUAUGGACAGACAAUUAUAAAUACAGGUCCGCGCACUAAUAUAUUGGGACAGAUCCUCGUAAUGACUGAUACUGACAGGUCCAGGUAGUGCCUGGUAGACAUGUUCAGGCAGCGACUGGUAGAACAAGUCCUGAUAUUGACUGUUAGCUGCGCUGGCAAAGUAGCAAGCAACCUUUCCGCUCAAAAAAAUAGAUAAUGUCCAGUUCAGUGAAGGACGUCUCCAAUUAUUUGCUCUCGUUAGCAGGCUAAGAUUAUUAUUAUUAUUAUUAUUAUUAUUAUUAUUAUUAAUUUACUUAUUUUUAUUUGUAUUAUUUUAAAUUAUUAUUGAUAUAAUUAUUAUUAGUAGUACUACUAUUAUUAUUAUAUAUACCAGUAGCGCUACAAACGAAUUAAUCGCAAAGCGCUAAAUUUGAGGGCUGAGUUUCACUCUGAGGAAACACGUAAGAUUGCACUUCGUUUACUUUGUAGUAUUAUAAAACGGACUCAUUGUAUACAAACAUAUUAAAAUAUAUAUGACUUUCUCCUUGUUCUCUGUCAUUAUAUUCAGGGAUAAAACCGCUGUUGCCCGAAGGGCUCAUACGCUUCCUGUGAUUUGAUCCGAGGAAGAGGAUAUUAACUACAAUUCCUCGGAUCAAGAGCCCUUCACUAGCUUCAAGGCCUUUCCUCCCUCCUUGAAGGGUCGUCUAAUUCUUCUCAUUUUUUACCAUUCUUCCUUUUCUAUUCUUUCUGUAUGUUGUUUUUCUGUUCAUAUUUAAACUUCAUAAUAAGCAAGAAUGGCCAGAGGAAAUUCGAUUUUAAUUAAAGACAAAUUGAAAAAAUAAAAAGUCACAGUAUUGUGGCUGGAAGAAUUUUCAAAACCCUAACUUAGGAGAGGAACCUUAUGACGUUUCACUCCAUUAUGGAUCGAAAUGUCACGACGGUCCAGGAUGAGCCGAAACGUCAUCUUCAGCGGAUACAGACAAAAAAAGGAAGAAAAAUUUCAUAAUUAAAAGAGAUUUAACAUGACAUUUUAUUGCAGUUUACUGAAAAGUUUCAACCAUCAGAGACUUUAUUAAAAAUUUAUUCAGGCGCUCUUAAAGAAAUACGUUAUAAAUACAAAAGUUUAUGGCUUGUGAUGAUGAAAAUUACACUGAAUUGUGAAUGUUACUAAUGCAAUACGUUACAAUAAAUUCAUUUUAGUACCUGAAAGAGCUAGCUUCAGCAUCCCUUCCCAUACAGACGAACUUGAAGUUAAAGACACAGCAAGUAUUUACUCUGACAACAUUUCGAUUCUUUAGGAUUUGUUUAAGACUUGGUAAAGAUUUACACAGAGCGAAACGUUGUCACAAUGACAUCUUGCGCCUCGUAAGUGUCUUUGCUCCAUCCUGUCAGCCCAACAUGCUAAGUGAGCAUUAUGAGUAAAUGGACCACACUCCUGAGAGUGUCUUAGUAAACGAAGACAGUGGUCUUGUAUCUCAGUAAUGCUGCUUUCGGCUCAACCAAAAGUUCCCGGGAUUGAAUCUUUGGUGAAGCGAAACCUACGGGCAUUAUUAUUAUUAUAUUAAAAAAGUGCGCUAAAUCCGUACGGUAAGAUUUACGGGUAGGUCUCCUUUUGCCUGCUGCCCCCAUUCACCUUGCAAUGGAUAUUUUAUCAAUAUAACUUUUCCCCACCAACGGGGUAAAGUCCCACUAAUAAAAUAUCUAAAGUGCUGCAUGUGUUUUUAUUCCAGAGGAAGUUGUCACUAUUAUAACCAGUGCUUCUAACUAAGUGUUAGUCGACUACUGUGGGUGGCACUCCCAGGAAGACCUCAGGACUCUGAAAUAACAUCAUAUUGCUCGACUUCCUCGAGUUAUCGCAGGUUAAAAUUCCUUGACUGAUAAUGAUCUAAAGAAACUCUGUUUCAACGAUUAAUAUUCUAUGAGUUAAUUAGAGAAUGAACCACAAAAUUAUUUAAACCUGAAGGGCAUAAAAGAUUUAUUUCUGAGUCAUACUCCGACAAGAGGUCUGUCAGAUCUUCUGUAUAGUUUACUGAAGUACUGGAGCAACUCCUCUUUGUGUUCGUCUGUUUAUACUUAUUCCAGUUAAUCUGAACGUGAUGAAUCAUUAUCCAGGGUUGAGGAAGAACAAAAAAGCACAAUACCGUGACUGAAACAUUACAUAAAUAACCCUCGCACAGGAGAAAGAAAGUUAUGACGACGUUCCAGUCCAACUUGGGCCGCUGAGUAGCCACGCUGAGUGUGGCUAGUCAGUGGUCCAAGUUGGACCGAAACGUCGUCAUAAGCUUCUUUCUUCUAUCUGCAGAUUGUGUACGGGGAUUAGGAUCUGCUGUUGGUUAUCUUCGGAUCGUUGCGGGAAUCAUCGUUCCCACGGCCCAGUCCCGAAACUUUUUUUUAACAUCUUUUGAGGUCGUCCAUUAUACUUCCGUGAAUAACACUCCCGAAAUGUUAAUUCCCGAACAUAUUAUGACGGUUUACAAUACCUUUCUUUUGUGUUACAAAAAUAGUGUUGUUAUUAAACACCUGCAUUUCUUUCCAGUGCAUAUAUUUCAUAUUGUUCUGUUCUCGCAAUUAAUGUUAUUUAGUACUCUCCGGUCAGAACUUUAAUCUGUAGUCAGAACUUUAGUGUUUAUAAGAUACAUGUGCUCAAAUUGACUUAAGUUUCACCACUAUAGUACAGGCUUUUUUUUUUGUGAAUACUACAAUCAUUAAAAUCUUUUUCGUUCAUUCACUUUUUUCUCCUUACUGUUUCUGUGUACUAUCUUGUUUUCACAGUGUACUCUAGUGGGUGGAGCAAUCCUUGAAGAUCUUCUCUUUUAGUAGCUAACUUAUUCUUCAGACCCAUCCUGUAAACCUCCUCUGUGGAGAUAAGUGGUAUAAAAUACCGAUACGAUGGAAAAAUAAACACAGAUGCAGUAUAAUGUAAUCCUUUAUUGAUUACUUUUCGUCCACAGUGGGCCCUAUCAAGUCACAGAUCUGUUUGUGACUUGAUAAAGCCCAUUGUGUGAGUGAAACGUAGUCAGGUAAGGAUCUGCAUUUGUUUCUGGUUUUUUACCAAACCUCCACUGUAUUAGAAAUUUCUGCUUCUUGUUGGUUAAGGAGCCUCUCACUUGCUGACUGUGUAAAGCCUAUUGUAGAUUGUUAACAAACUCUUACUUUCUGACUCUGAAGGGCCUCUGACCUAAUAAGUGAUUAUUGCUGACUAAAGAAGGUUCUCUUGCUGACUUAAGAAGGUACUUUUUGCUAACUGAAUAUCCUUGCUGGCAGAAGCAAGUACUCUUAUUGACUGAAAAAGAGACUUUUGCUGUCUGAAGAGGGUACUGUUGACUGAAAAGGGGGACUCUUGCUAACUAAAGCAGAUACUCUUGCUGACUGAAGAAGGUACUAUUAUUGACUGAAAAGGGGGACUCUUGCUAACUGAAGCACUCUUGUUGACUGAUGAAGAGCCUCUUACCUGCUGAGUAACCAACAAAAGACACAAAUCCCAAAACAAAACAAAAAAAAAAUUAGCCUACCAGAAAAAUAAAUUUAUCGCGAGGUGGGAAUCUUUUAACAGUAUUGUAAAUUGGGUAUAACUAUGCUAGACUAGGUUAGCGAUGUACUCUUUGUUGAUUGUGCUGCAGGAGCUGAACUUGUCACAGAUCUCAUUACUUGACAUAAGAGUCACGAGGUAAACUUUACAUUAUCCACUGCAACUAUUGCUCUCAUAUUGUCUUUUUUUUUUUAAUUAUAUUGUAAUCUGUGUAAUCAUACUUUUUAGAGGGGGGUCAUGGUUGAUUUUUUUCUUUUUUUUUUUUUUUUGUAAACUGGUCUCUUCACGUAUUUUUCAGUGUGGAAAAGGGACACUUGGGUACAGUUCGAGAUUUUUUAAAAAAAAAUAUCUCCUUUUAUGCCGUAUUUUCCGGCAUAUAAGGCGCACGAGUACGUAUAUAAGACAGGCAAGACAACGUUUCCGAGUAGUUGUACCUUAAAGUUAGUAAACAACUGCUAAAGCGUAACCCAAAGUCUACCCUUAACCCAGACCUUGAGCAUAUAAGGCGCAGGCUGAUUUUUCGAGACCUUUACUGGGAGGGGGAAGGGAAGCGCGUCUUAUAUGCCGGAAAAUACGGUACUUGUCCUGAACUGUACCCAGGUGUCCUUUAUCACAGUUUUUCAGUAACACCAUACCAUUUAUAACCAUUAUUUUCUGUAUUGUCACCUAAUUUUAACACCAUUUUCAGAGUUAACAUUGUGCUCAUCAUUUCGGAUUUCAGCAUUAUGUAGGACAGUCUGAACUUUAUAAUGUAAAUAUGAUGUCGAAAGGGUGAUGACAACAAAACUUAUAAUUUUCUAUUGUUA